AUGUAUCUGCAGUCUCUGUUGGCUGAGAAAACCACCCGAGAGGAGCUGCUGGUGACUUAUAACGAGACUAACAAGGCACAACAGGGUAUCAUCCAACAAAAAGACACUCGCAUCAAUGAUUUGGAACAUCAGCAAAUGGCCUUGAAGGCAAAGUGUAGAGAUGGCAACCUUCGUGCGGAGUCUACCGCACUUGAGCUUUCGAAUAUGAGAAUUUGCGUUGCUGAAGCCGAACGUGAAAUGAAGGCUGCGGUUGCUUUGCGAGAUAAGCUCCAACAGCAGUCACUAGCACAGGAGUCUGUGAUAGAAACCUUGCGCGACCAACUGCGCCAUGCCCACAGCCAGGAUACGGAUUGGAAUGCAGUAGUACGGGACAGCGGAUUGACUUCCCGAGAAAAAAAUCCGGAUUCUGAGGACAUGGUUUUGGACGUUCCGGGCGAAACCUUGGCUAACGAACCCGACGCCGUUAUUAUCGAUAAUCCGCCUCGCGACACGUUCACGGUAGACCAACCGACGGCAACAGAACUCAAUAUAACAAAGGACAUUCACUCGCCGAAAGCUCCCACAAGCGUACCCCCAACCGCCACGACCACUGCGUCUGACGUACUUCCCAAACGGAAGGCCAGAACCAAACCUAAGGGUAAUGUACGAUCUCGCAGUAAGUCAGCCGAUACUGCCUUACACCCUUUGCCAAACAUCACUGGUGAUGGCGGUAAGAAAAGUGAGGCGAGUGUGGGGCAAAAAAGUAGCAAGGGUACAAAAACCGCGACUACAUCCCGUCCCAGACGUAGGAGCGCGGCUGUGCAACGCCACAUGAUCACCUCACUCUCUGAAGAUUCAACUUCUCCUGUACCGCCCGUACAAGUGAAGACGAAGACUGCAGCCGUCAAGGGCAAGACGUUCCGAAAGACACCCAGAAAGCCAAAGGGUCCGUCCAAGAGCUCGGCUAAACCCAAAGCGAAGGCAAAGAAAGAUGUGCAAGAUAAGGCGAAAGCUGCCGAUGACAAUCAUGGCAAUGGUGAUAGUGCCAUGAGUGAUAGCUCUGCGGCCGAGAUCCUCGAUGACAAAGAAAAUCAGGCGCCGGAGGAUGAUUGGGCUAUCCAGCUCCCAAGCGGCGGAAACCGGCCACCGUUAGCCAAGCGCAAAACGCCUUCUAGCGAGACCCGCCAGCCAGGUACACCGGAAGUCAUGCCUUUCCGUGACAUCACAGCUGCGACUAACAACCCUCCUAAGCCCUCACGUACCGGUUUUCGCGGCAAGAAAAGCCAGACAGAAAACACCGUGCAGGCCACCGUUGAGAGUCCGCUGGACUUCCUGUGUGACGACGCAUGGGGGUUCAACGAUGACUAGUUCUUUGUGGCAUAUGCCUCGCGUACUAUCAAGCUUGAACCGCAUAACACCGCUAAGCAUAUAAACGAAUGACAGGAUUGUGAGCUCAUACAUUCGCGGACGGUUUUUCUGGAACUCCGGAGGGAUCGAACAUACAGAAUCUAUCAUUGAAUACUGGAAAAUUGUAUCGCUAGUCAACUACAAAGUGCAACUUCGGCACAUUACCGGUGUAUAUCACGACAUCAUAUUCCAACGUAGUGAGAGGCCUCAGUAUCACCGCCCGUGAAUAUCUAUAAAAAUUCAAUGACUAAGUCGGUUAAGACCUUGGCCACUAUCAGCUUGUGCAUGGUCAAUCCGCGAAAUAAAACACCUGAUGGUUCGAUGGUCUAUCAAGUCUGUUAGCGAGCAGACGGUAUUUUAACUCUGUCACGCCCAAGAUAUAUGUGCACCACCAC